AGCUUUUCUUUGACCCGGAAGUAUUCCUCUGAGCUGAAACAUUGAUCUCGGGUUAAAGCGCGAAGGCGGCCUUGUCAAAGUCUUGUGUGUGAGAGAGCCUGCUGCUGGCGCUGCGAACCGUGCCUUUCAUCACCUCGUUACGAUGUCUGUGGUUCCGCCGAGCCGCUCGCAGGCGGGCUGGCCCCGCGGAGUCUCCCAAUAUGGGAAUAAGUACCUGCAGGCGAAGCCGCUUACCCUGGAGAGGACCAUUAACCUGUAUCCACUGACUAACUACACCUUUGGUACCAAAGAACCUUUGUAUGAGAAGGAUUGCUCUGUGGCAGCCAGAUUUCAGCGCAUGCGGGAGGAGUUUGAGAAGAUUGGCAUGAGGCGCACUGUAGAAGGUGUUCUGAUUGUGCAUGAGCACAGACUUCCACACGUAUUACUAUUACAACUGGGGACAACCUUCUUCAAACUACCUGGUGGAGAACUGAAUCCUGGAGAAGAUGAGGUGGAGGGUCUGAAGCGUCUAAUGACAGAGAUCUUGGGUCGUCAAGAUGGUGUCCAGCAAGACUGGGUAAUCGAUGACUGUAUUGGCAACUGGUGGAGACCCAAUUUUGAGCCCCCCCAGUAUCCCUACAUUCCAGCUCACAUCACCAAACCCAAAGAGCACAAGAAACUCUUCUUAGUGCAACUUCAAGAGAAAGCCCUGUUUGCGGUACCGAAGAAUUACAAAUUGGUUGCUGCACCAUUAUUUGAGCUUUAUGACAAUGCUCCAGGUUAUGGACCCAUAAUCUCAAGUCUUCCUCAGCUUUUGAGCAGGUUUAAUUUUAUUUAUAACUGAAGUUUAAGAACAUGCCAAACAUGAGAUCAUGAUGGCCUGUAGGUCAAGUUUCCCUGAACAUCUUCAACUGUGAAUUCCGUCAGCCGCUGACAGUUCAAGUCCAUGCCAGUUGCACCUUUGCAGCAUCAGAUUGCCCAAAUCUGGCUGAUGUUUUGUUCAGUUCUACAAUAAUUGAAGACAAACCUAACUAGCACGUUCUUUUUUUAAGAAAAUUUCUGCUCUUGUGUAACUGUUUGCGUUUUCUAUUUUAUUAAAUGGAGAAGGAUA